CGUAGUUCUCCCUCUCACACGCGGCCUUCUAUUGGAGGAGGGGCCCUAUGGUCGUCACUUCGCCGCGCCUCUCCCCGCUCCCUGAUUGGUGGAGAGAGCGCGGGACAGAGACUCGGCGUGUGAGGAUAUUGGGGUUGAGUUUCCUGGGUGAGACGCUGCUGAUUCAGAAAAGGAUUAGACACUUAUAUGGACAAUAUCAUCCAAACUUCGCUGAAUGGAACAUGACAACAGCGAAGACAACGACAGCGGAGACACCGCCGAAGAAAUGCCCUAGAACCCUUGGGCCAUCACGCUUCAGGAAUGUGCGUGAGCCACUUUCGAUCUCCUGGCUUCUACCCCUUAACCUGCUGGCAGGGCAUUGUGCAGCACCCUUUCCAGCCCACCUGGGUGCAGGAGAUCGAGGAAGAGAGCAUCUGCCAUCCAGCUCCAUCCCAUCUAGAGCAAUUCCAGGAUGGAGCAGUUGAAGCGGAUGCUGAGGAGGAAGGCUGGGCAGGUGGCUCUGGAGCCAGUAGGGAGCAGCGUCCGUCUUACCCAGGAGGAGAGUGGCCCCUCUGUCCCCGCGGGCGGGGAAGAGGCCAGUGGGCAGGCAAAGUGGAGAAGCUCCCUGACCUUCUGGAGGAAGAGAAAAACACCAGCUCCUUUAGCAGGCCCUGAGGCACCUUCUGAUCCCAAAUGGAGGUGGCCCCGGGUGAUGCUAUGUAGGAGGGACCCAGGUGAGGGCAGGAGCCGGGCAAGGUGGCUCUGUGGCUUCCUUUCCAGGAAGCAGAGGAGCCAGGAGCCCAGCCCCAGGGCCCAGCAGGAGCCAUCCACCAGCCUGGCCACCGAGGAGACCCCAGCCAGCCCAGAGCAGGAGCUGGGCGGCUCCGGCACGGGGACCAGCAGCUCUGCCUACUCCCAAGGGGCCAGCACCUCCUCUGUGGGGUCUGACAGCCCUGAGGCUGAAGGCUCCCUCUGUGCAGAGACCCCCAGUGCCCAGCAGGAGUGGGCUGAGGAGGAGGAGGAAGAGGAGUGGGUUGAGGAGGAGGAGGAAGAAGAGAAGGAGGAGGUGUCCCCUGAACAAGACACCAUCAGGGUCAUCCAGGAGCACCUCCAGGGCAGAGCUGAGGUACAAAAAUCUUACAGCUGCGGUGCCCCUGAGUCUGCCCUGCCCCUUCUUCCAUCCCCACCCACACAGGGGGGUCUUGUCCCAGAGAAUCCAUCACCCCCAAUGGGGGGAACUUCUCCCUUGUUACCUGGCACCCCAAAGUGGGGGCAUUUGUCUCAUGCAGGCCAAGGUGUCCGCUCCCCGCAGACACUGUCCCAGUUACAACCCCAGUCUGUGCAGGGCGACACUGGUUUUGGGAAGCGGAGCGGCUUUCCCUGUCCAACUCCAUGGGGUUCCUGAGCCAUGGAGCUGGUGUAGGUGGGUUGGGGAGGUCCCUACCUAUCUCUCUCUCUCUCCCCACUCCACUCCUAGUUGAUGGCCAAACAGCUCCGCUUCCUCCAUACUGCCCCAUGUCUGUGCUUCUUGGCACAGCAGCAGGGGCUGAACACUCUGGAGCCCCACUUCUCCAAAGCGGCCCUCGUGGAGAACAUUGCGGAGCUGAUUGAAAAUCUGCCCACGGUGCCAGAGCCAACCUCCAUCACCUCCAGCUCCAUGGCCACAGUUUGCAGCCUCAGCAAACUGAAGCCACUGCUUGCCCUGGAGCUGGAAUCAUGCCUCCUGCGGGCUCUUCUUUACACCAUCUUCAUGAUGGGCACUGGGCAGGAUACCACCCACUUCCAGGCUCUGCACAACACCUAUUUACAGAGCCUGGACGCUAGGGUCGGGUGCCUGCUCACCGAGACCCCCACCCCAGACAAGCUGCAGCACCUCUUGGAGUGAGCUGUUGGCCAGUGAGUGGCCCAUUGAACGGACACUUAAUUCACAAUGGACCAUGGGAGGCACCCAUCUACGCUGAACGGACUUUUCUGUGAACGUUCCAUCUGACGUAUCCUGCAAAGUAUCCAUCCUGCAAUGACUGAGCAAAAUGGGGCAUGAAUGGGGACUUACCCAUGUGACUCCAAGCUCCCAUCUUUCACCUGUGAUUUUCCACUAGCUGUGCUGAGGACUUUGAAACCAUGGGUUUCCCUCCACAUGGCAGAAGUUAAGAGGCCCUGAAAACAUCUCCACUGUGCCUCUAUCCUGCUCAAACCUCUGGACUAUGGACUUAUACUAAUGGGAGCAUCUAACCAAGGGAGAGGAACUUCCAGUGAUUUGGAAGCACCCAAAGACUUAUCAAGCCAGCAGUUUAUUCCACCAUUGCUAUAAGCCUGAACCAAGAA